CGAUCGCUCUGCGAACAACCAGGCAUCGUCACCUCUCAGUCGAUCGAUCGAUAUCCCACUAGCACCACCCUGCGGCCACUUGGAUUUGCUUUCCGGAACACCCACCAUCGACCCAUCGAGUGCAGCCGCAGCAUGGACGAGCCGUCGAUCAAAGAAGCCCGCGAGACUAUGGACAUUCUGUACGAGAUCUCCCAGCUGCUCAACACCGGGCUUGACCGAAAGUCUCUUGGUCUGUGUCUUUCGCUCUGCGAAAGCGGAGUCAAUCCCGAGGCUCUUGCGGCCGUCAUCAAGGAUCUGAGACGAGAGGGUGCAUCCGAAGCGACCGCUCCCUCUGGAUCAAGGCCUUGAAGUAUCAAUCCAGUCCACCGUUCUGCAACCGGAUAGUGUCGGCUAUCCCGGCCUGUCCCUUUCCACGCCAUCUGUCGGCCCACACGCUGGUCGUGCUGUCCCUCGUCGGUACGGCGGCGCUGUCGCUUGCCGCAUCCAAGUCUGUUCUCGCAUACCACACCAUGAGCAGGACUGCCCAAGGCUGAUUCCUGGUGCUGGAAAGAUGUGGGCUGUGGACGUGCGAAUUCAAGC